AUGGAGAUUAAAAAACUCAAAACAGAUUAUGCCUACACUGAUCGAAUGAAUAGAGAAGACAGCCCACCAUGCAAACAUUUCUCUUUACGGGGUUAUGUGGCUCAAAUGCGCCAAAAAGACUUGAGAAUAUGUUCACCAUUUGCUAUAGAUGGGUCUGAGACACAACCCUCACUUCCUCCACUAGCUGUGCCAAGAUUCCAAUCGUGGAGUUGCAAUGUAUGUCGAGGAGAAAGUGUAUCUGAUAUAAUUAACCAAAGGGCAUGCUCCGAGGGAAUUGAUAUCAACAAUUUCAUUGACUUGACUGGUGAUAGUGAUGACAGUGAAAGUGAUGAUGAAACUGCUGAGGUUGAAACCACUCGAAUUACAGUUCCUCCAGGCCAUCUCAAUCAUCAACUAUCAAAUCCUGUAUCUUUUUUCCACCCAAAAAGAACUGCUAGAUCUUUUCGUUACCCCAAAGUAAGACCUUGCCCAAGAAUAAAAGAUGCUGAAUCUUUUUUCUUCCCAAAAACAAAUGCUGGAUCUUCAGAAGUGCGUCCAAGCGUCACCCAAGACAUGCACAGAAACGAAAGCGGUUUUGAAGGUAAUGUAGCUUGUGAGUCUGAGGUGGAGCUUGUUAUUAGCAAUCCUAAAGGUAAAGGUAAGAGUUUUUCAGAGGUUGCUAACAAAGGGAAGCAAAUUUAUGAAGAUAACCAAAGCCUGCAAGAAUUAAGAAAAUCAUGUACACUUCAAGGGAAUGUCAUCGUGAUUGCUGAUGAAGAAGAUGUUGAGCCUGAAGCUGAACAGUUUCCUCAAGUGCCAGUCACUGAAGAUAAUGUUCAUGCUGAACAUAGUGACAAAAAUGGUGAAAGUGGAGUUGUUGUUCUGGAUCAUCAUCAGCAGAAGAAUACUGGUAAUUCUUCCAAGAAAUUUAAAAGGAUGCGCUUGCUUAGGGAGAUACUUGGAGAAGAUGAUGAACCGAAAACUGAGCAAAUCAGAAUAGAAAGAACAGCACCCCAAAAUCCUUCUGUACACUCAGAGCCAGAAAAGACUAUCAUGAAUGAGGAGGUUGGUGAAGGAGACGCAAAGAAGUUGGAAAAAAAGGGUCAACGAGGAAGGAAAAGGAAGUUAAUUCUGGAUGAAGAUGAUAUACCAUUAAGUAUGAUCUUCCCAAGGGCAGAGAAUGACGCUCCAAAUAUGCCUACAAGUCCUUUAGCACAAGUUGCACCAAAUGAAGAAGGAUUGGGAGAGGGACUGCAUCAGUCUUCAAAUAAUUCCCCUCAAACUGAAAAUGAGCACACUUUGCCUAUGCCUAUUCAAAAAGGCCAAGGAGGUGAAACUGAUUCUGAUGGAGAACGAAGAAGUGCUAUUUCUCGGCAAGGAAAAGGAGUUCGUAUUGAAGUAAGUAACAGUACAAAUCCUUUUUCUCAAAUAUUUUAG